AUCUAUGACGAUUUGAGGAAGCCGAAACGAAAGUGAGGUUAUGUAAGAAAGAACAACAAUCACAAGCAUUCAAGAAUAUUUGUAAUUGUUUUGCUUCUUGAAGUACCUUGAUUUUAUAAAAAUUAUAAUAUUUACGAAAAUGGGAAUCGAUCGCACCCCUUGUGUCUUGAAUGAAGAAACAAGAAAUUUAGUGAAACAAUCGAAAUUGUUAGUUGUUGGUGCUGGUGGCAUCGGUUGUGAAAUCUUAAAGAAUUUAGCGUUAUCUGGAUUCACCAAUAUCGAAAUAAUCGAUUUAGAUACAAUAGAUGUUUCGAAUUUGAACAGACAGUUCUUGUUUCGUAAGGAGCAUGUAGGGAAACCUAAAGCGGUGGUUGCACGGGAAACGAUCCUAGGAUACAAUCCAGACAUAAAUGUUAAAGCAUAUCAUGACAGUAUUACUAGCCAGGAGUAUGGUGUUAAUUUCUUCAAAGAAUUCAAUGCUGUUUUAAACGCUCUGGACAAUAGAGCAGCAAGAAAUCAUGUCAAUCGUAUGUGCUUGGCUGCAGACGUACCUCUGAUUGAAUCUGGGACAUCAGGUUAUUCUGGCCAAGUUGAACUGAUAAAAAAAAAUGUAACUCAAUGUUAUGAGUGCCAGCCAAAACCUGCUCAGAAGACUUUUCCUGGUUGUACCAUUCGUAACACUCCUUCAGAGCCAGUACACUGUAUUGUAUGGGCCAAGCAUUUGUUCAACCAACUUUUUGGUGAAGAAGAUCCAGAUCAGGAUGUUUCUCCAGAUUCAGAAGAUCCUGAAGCCAAAACAGAAGGUACCCAUAGUAUGACUGAAUCAGGAAAUGUCAAGAGAAUUUCUACCCGCCAGUGGACCCAGGAGGUUGGAUAUGAUCCUUCUAAGCUUUUCAAUAAGUUUUUCUUCGAUGACAUUCAGUAUUUAUUGAAAAUGGAAAAUUUGUGGAAAACUCGAAAACCUCCAGUGCCCUUGAGUUGGACUGAUGCAAACAAAGGCGAUGAGAAAAUGGAAGUAGAUGAAGAAGACAAUGUUAAGAAUACAGAUAUGAAGGUGUGGUCUAUUGAGAAAUGUGCCCAAGUUUUUGCCAAAACUGUAGAUAUCCUAAAAAAGGAAUUGAGCGGUAAAGAUUACUUGCUCUGGGAUAAAGAUGACAAGCCAGCUAUGGAUUUUGUUACUGCCUGCGCAAACAUCCGGAGUCAUAUAUUCUCCAUACCCAUGCAGUCCAGAUUUUCUACAAAAUCAAUCGCUGGUAGCAUAAUUCCUGCUAUUGCUACAGCUAACGCCAUCAUAGCUGGUUUGGUUGUUUUGCAUACAUUCAGAGUCUUACAAGAGCAAUAUGAGAAGUGUCCAUCAGUAUACCUCAGAAGAAAAUCCAAAUUCUCCAAGUUUGUCUUGGCAGCAGACAAAGAAAUUCAAAAGGCUAAUCCCUUAUGUUACGUGUGUUCACCCAAGCCUUUCGUUAAUGUGUUUGUUAAUACAAAAACCAUGACUGUGAAGGAGUUUGAAAGUGAAAUUCUGAAAAAACAGCUGAACAUGAUCGCUCCAGAUGUAGUUCUUGACGGCAAAUUUGUGGUUGUCAUUUCUUCAGAAGAAGGAGAAACAGAAACAAAUAAUACAAAAACUUUAGAGGAGAUGAGUGUUGUUGAAGGUUCAAUGUUGAAAUGUGACGAUUUUCUUCAAAAUUAUGAACUUCAAAUAGCUAUCAAUCAUUAUGUGGCAAAAGACAAGGAAGAUCCUCUCUACAAAGUAGCAGUUAAUCCAGAAGAUUUGAAACCUAAAAAAGAAGAAAAUGGGUCUCAAGAAAAUGAUAAGCCAAUGGAUACCGAUAAUCAUCAGGAUGACUCUGAUGAUGAACCUGUUUUUGUGGAAACUGUAGCCGAAGAUCCCCAAGAAGGUUCGUCGACGAAAAAGAGGAGGCUCAAUCCGCCCGAAGAUAGUGACGAUGACUUAGUCAUUCUUGAUGAGAUAAUCGAAUAAUUGUAUAGUUUAGUAACUUAAUUUUUAUGUUCCCCAGAAUUCUAAACGAUGUAAGCAUACAUUUUUGUAAUAAAGUGUUCACAUUUUUAA